AUGCUCGGAUGGCCAAGCCCAGCAUGGAGAGCGUGCGGCGUUUGCGGUCGGGCAACAACGGCCCGUCUGGGGCGUAAAUUCAGGCACCAAGCAGCAGCAGCAGCAGCAGCAAGAUCAUCAUCCACAACAGCAACAGCAACAGCAUCAACAGGGCAGCAGCAGCAGCAACAAACCAUCACAACAAGACUCGCAGAAAAGCCAGCGCGGACCCGUUUUGCCCCAUCACCUACCGGAUUUCUGCACCUCGGCUCGCUCCGCACCGCCUUGUUCAACUACCUGCUCGCCAAGGCCACUGGCGGACAGUUCCUGCUCCGGCUCGAAGACACGGACCGGACACGGAUAGUGCCCGAGGCCGAGUCGCGCCUCUACCAGGACCUCAGGUGGGCGGGCCUGCUGUGGGACGAAGGGCCGGACGUGGGCGGGCCGAGCGGCCCGUACAGGCAGUCGGAGCGGCUUGGGCACUACUCCAAGUACGCGCAGCAGCUGCUCGACAGCGGCAGGGCCUACCGUUGCUUCUGCACCAGGGAGGAGCUCGCGGCGUCGCAACUCGGGUCGCAGGCCGAGACCGGCGCCGGUGGACGCUACCCGGGGACGUGCCUCGCCGUGUCGGCCGACGAGUCCGAGGAGAGGGCCGCGAGAGGAGACGCCCACGUGAUUCGGUUCAGGAGCAAUACCAAGCCCUUCACCGUGCCGGAUCUGGUGUACCGUCGCUUCAGGAAGAAGCACAUGGAGGACGACUUCAUCAUCAUGAAGAGCGAUGGGUUCCCGACGUACCAUUUCGCGAAUGUCGUCGAUGACCACCUGAUGGAUAUAACGCACGUCAUCAGGGGAGCUACCCUCCUCCUCGCCCCCCGGCGGCAGGAAUGGUUGAUAUCGACCCCUAUGCACUGCGACCUGUACGACGCCCUGGGCUGGAAGGAACCGAUAUUCGCCCACGUCGGCUUGCUGGUCAACAAGGACCGCCAGAAACUGAGCAAGCGCAACUCGGAUAUCCAAAUCUCUUCCUAUCAAGAGCAAAACAUACUCCCCGAGGCCCUCGUCGACUUUGUGGCUCAUCUCGGCUGGCGGGCCCCUUCGAAGAAGGGAGCGUUGACUCUGUCGGAUCUCGUCGACCAUUUUGAUUUGAAAUUCACCAAAGGCGACAUCGUGACAGACCUCGACAAGAUACAAUACCACCAGGUUCAGCAUCUUGUUCGACAGCUAGAAAACCAAAACACUGCAUCAGAACAAGAUUCCCUGAGCUCCAUCGUUGAUACCGUCUCCAGCAUGAUUAGCGGCGCCACGAAGCCUACAGACGGCUUGCAUGCUGCCCUCAAAGGCCAACCCGACAGUGCCGACAGACGAGAGUACAUUCGAGCCGUGCUACGCCUGCUGAGCAACAAAGCUUGGCCGCUCGAGAAGGUUGUCGAGGGCAACAUGCAUCUCUUUUGGCGUCCUACUGGCCAACAACUGGCUGAUAGCUUGGCUCAGCUUCAGACGUCACUAGGCUCCAUCACGAUCAACAAUGCGGAUGGCGACGUUCAUGGUGCUCUGACGCUCAUCCAAGACGUUCUCAAUGGUAUCAGUGAGGAGAAGUGGGAAGCUGAAACCCUCAAAAACUCUAUGACGUCGAUACACUCGGCCAUAACCUGUCGGGAUGCCGAAGGAAACGAGAUACCUCAUGCACACUACAAGCCCUGGAGGUGGUUCCUCCUUGGAUCAAACCCAGGCCCAGCUAUACACUCAAUUCUGGAGUUGUUCGGCCGAGAGGAGACUUUGAGGCGUCUAGACGAGGCUAUGCAUGUACUCAAGCGCUCGCAAGAAGCUUCAGUCAACGAUGCCACCGCAGCCCAUGCGGUAGUUUAA